CUGUUUAAACUUUUCACUGAAGUAUAUAGGUCUAUGAAACUUUUACAUUUUCCUUGUGACAGCAAACCGUGACAGAAUGAAAGUUAUACCAGUUUUAAUUUGGUUUUUCUGUUGAAAAGGAAAUCGAAAAAUGGCAGAUAGUGAAAUUAAAAGGCAUAUAAAUUCACCACGUGGUGAUUUGAUACAACACGGUGGCUAUUCUCCUGCAAAACAAGAACAAUACUCUCAAUAUUUAAAGAAACUCCGUCAAGAUUUUGUUGAGUCAUGGGAUGAUAAAUCUGAAAGUAAUGCAAAGUUGAAUGAUUUUGAAAGACAAAAAGUUUUAGGAACAGGAGCAUUUGGCAUUGUUUUUCUUGUAAAGCAUAUUGUAACAGGUAAAUAUUAUGCUAUGAAAAUGCUCGAAAAAGAGAAAAUUGUUAGAUUGAAACAAAUUGAGCACAGCUACUACGAAAAAAAGAUUCUAUGUGGCUUAAAUUUUCCUUUUGUUGUUUACAUGAAAUACUAUUUUAAGGAUAACGUUUAUCUUUAUUACGUUCUACCUUUCAUAGCCGGUGGGGAAAUGUUUUCACAUUUACGUAAAAUGGGCAAGUUUGAAGAAACUUCUGCAAAAUUUUACGGAGCACAAGUUAUACUAGCAUUGGAAUAUCUGCACGCUUGUGAAUUAGUAUAUCGAGAUCUAAAGCCCGAGAAUAUAUUAAUAGAUCGUACAGGUUAUAUCAAAAUUACUGACUUCGGUUUCUGUAAGCUUAUCCGCGGUAGGACUUGGACACUUUGCGGUACUCCAGAAUAUUUAGCACCUGAAAUCAUUCUAAGCAAAGGCUAUGGAAUGUCAGUCGACUGGUGGUCCCUAGGGGUAUUACUUUUCGAAAUGAGUGCCGGGCAUCCACCAUUUUUUGCUUCGGAUCCAAUGAGAAUUUAUGAAAAAAUUGUGGCAGGAAAAUAUAGAUGUCCAUCACAUUUUUCUGUUGAAUUAAAAGAUAUAAUAGGACAUGUUUUACAAGUCGACACAACAAGACGUUACGGAACUCUUAAAGAUGGCGUGUUGGAUUUUAAAAAUCAUAAAUGGUUUAGAGAAAUCGAUUGGGAUAGUAUUUUGAAUAGUCGCAUACAUCCGCCGUUUUUUCCAAAGAUACGUUCACCAGGCGACACCACUAAUUUCGAUGUUUUUGAUGAAGAAAAAAUUAAAGACAGUCCAGUAUGUCUUUAUGAAGAAGAAUUUGCUGAUUUUUAACAUAUAAAUUUUGCUGCAUCAGAUACUUCUUUAUCGCUCUAAAUAAGUACAGUUUUAGUUAAGCACGAAGUGUUUUAAUUUAUUUCACAGCGUAAAAUAAAGCUAGUGUAAGGUGUAAUAUUUCUUAAUUAAAUUUUAAUUUGCAUCA